GGCAUCUGGUUCACUCUGUUGAAGGUGAAUGUCCUUUCGUGUCAGUCAGCAUUUGCUGUCAAUGGCUUUCAUGAUUUAUUUUAUUUGAAUGUCUGGGCUUUUUACACUUUCGUCCAAAGAAACCAAUAAUGGAUAUUCUAUGGAUGUUAUGGAUAAUACCCACUGUAAUAGCUGUAGAAGAAACACUAAUGGACUCUACCACAGCGACAGCUGAGCUGGGCUGGACAGUCUAUCCCGUGUCAGGUUCCAGUGACAACAGCUGGGAGGAGGUGAGUGGAUACGACGAGAACAUGAACACCAUCCGCACCUACCAGGUGUGCAACGUGUUCGACAACAACCAGAACAACUGGGUCCGCACCAAGUACAUCCGGCGCCGGGGUGCACAGCGGAUCCACGUGGAGAUGAAGUUCUCCGUGCGAGACUGCAGCUCCAUCCCCAAUGUGCCCGGCUCCUGUAAAGAGACUUUUAACCUGUACUACUAUGAGUCAGACUCGGACACGGCCAACAAGGUGUCCCCGGCCUGGAUGGAGAACCCCUGGAUCAAGGUGGACACCAUCGCAGCCGACGAGAGCUUCUCCCAGGUGGACCUGGGUGGCCGGGUGAUGAAGAUCAACACAGAGGUGCGGAGCUUUGGCCCCGUGUCCAAACACGGAUUCUACCUGGCCUUCCAGGACUACGGCGGCUGCAUGUCACUCAUCGCCGUGCGAGUCUUCUACCGGAAGUGUGCCCGCGUCAUCCAGAACGGGGCCGUGUUCCAGGAAACCCUGUCGGGGGCGGAGAGCACCUCUCUAGUGGCAUCGCGUGGCGUGUGUAUCCCCAACGGGGAGGAGGUGGACGUGCCCAUCAAGCUCUACUGCAACGGGGAUGGCGAGUGGAUGGUGCCUAUUGGGCGCUGCAUGUGCAAGGCUGGCCACGAGGCUGUGGAGAACGGGACUGUGUGUAGAGCUUGUCCAUCAGCCUUCUUCAAGCCUAUACAGGGUGAUGCAUCCUGCAUGCAGUGUCCAAUCAACAGCCGUACCACCAACGAAGGAGCCACUAACUGUGUGUGCCGCAACGGUUACUAUCGCACCGACUCAGAUCCCAUCCAGAUGCCCUGCACAACGGUGCCGUCUGCUCCUCAGAAUGUUCUGUCCAUCGUGAAUGAGACGUCUCUGAUGCUGGAGUGGCAACAUCCUAGGGAGUCAGGUGGUCGUGAGGACGUGGUCUUCAACAUCAUCUGUAAGAGCUGUGGAGGGGGCCGCGGAGGCUGCACGCGCUGUGGCGACAACGUCCAGUUUGUACCCCGCCAGCUGGGUCUGACUGAGCCCCGGGUCUACAUCAGUGACCUGCUGGCCCACACACAGUACACCUUUGAGGUGCAGGCCGUCAACGGUGUCUCUGACCAGAGCCCCUACUCACCACAGUACUCCUCCGUCAACAUCACAACCAACCAGGCUGCUCCGUCGACAGUGUCCAUCAUGCACCAGGUCAGUCGUACCGUGGACAGCAUCACUCUGUCCUGGUCUCAACCAGACCAGCCCAAUGGAGUCAUUCUGGACUAUGAAUUGCAGUACUACGAGAAGGACCAGACCGAGUACAACUCAACCAUCAUAAAGAGCCAGACCAACACAGUGGUCAUCCGCGGUCUCAAAUCAGGGGCAAUCUAUGUGUUCCUGGUUCGCGCCCGGACCGUGGCCGGAUUUGGACGCUACAGUGGCAAGCUCUACUUCCAAACCAUGACUGAAGAGGAGUACAACACCAGCAUUCAGGAGAAGCUGCCUCUCAUCAUCGGCUCUGCAGCUGCAGGUCUGGUCUUCCUCAUUGCAGUGGUUGUUAUCGUCAUCGUCUGCAACCGGAGGCGUGGUUUUGAGAGGGCAGACUCAGAGUACACAGACAAGCUGCAGCACUACACCAGCGGCCACAUGACUCCAGGAAUGAAGAUAUAUAUUGAUCCGUUUACAUAUGAGGACCCCAACGAGGCGGUGAGGGAGUUUGCUAAGGAGAUUGACACUUCCUGUGUGAAGAUUGAGCAAGUCAUUGGCGCAGGAGAGUUCGGGGAGGUGUGCAGUGGGAACCUGAGGCUCCCAGGCAAGAGAGAGAUGUUUGUGGCCAUCAAGACGCUGAAGUCGGGCUACACAGAGAAGCAGAGGCGGGACUUCCUGUCUGAGGCGUCCAUCAUGGGUCAGUUUGACCACCCCAACGUGAUCCACCUGGAGGGUGUGGUCACCAAGAGCGCCCCUGUCAUGAUCAUCACUGAGUUCAUGGAGAACGGAUCACUGGACUCCUUCCUCAGACAAAACGACGGUCAGUUCACAGUGAUCCAGUUGGUGGGCAUGUUGCGUGGCAUCGCCUCUGGCAUGAAGUACCUGGCCGACAUGAACUACGUCCAUCGCGACCUGGCCGCACGCAACAUCCUGGUCAACAGCAACCUGGUCUGCAAGGUGUCCGACUUUGGCCUGUCCCGAUUCCUGGAGGACGACACGUCAGAUCCCACCUACACCAGCGCCCUGGGAGGGAAGAUCCCUAUCCGAUGGACAGCCCCUGAAGCCAUCCAGUACAGGAAGUUCACGUCCGCCAGUGAUGUCUGGAGCUACGGUAUCGUCAUGUGGGAAGUCAUGUCAUAUGGAGAGAGACCUUACUGGGACAUGACCAAUCAAGACAGCCUCAUAGCAACCCUUAGAGAUCUGUGUCUCCCCCUGCAGGUGAUCAAUGCCAUAGAGCAGGACUACCGGCUGCCCCCUCCCAUGGACUGCCCCUCGGCCCUGCACCAGCUCAUGCUUGACUGCUGGCAGAAGGACCGUAACAACCGGCCCAAGUUCAGCCAAAUUGUCAACAACCUUGACAAGAUGAUCCGCAACCCCAACAGUCUGAAGGCCAUGACCCCGCUGUCUUCAGGUGUCCAUCUUCCUCUCCUGGACCGCAGUGUUCCAGACUUCUCCAGCUUCAGUACUGUGGACGAGUGGCUAGAUGCCAUCAAGAUGGGCCAGUACAAAGACAACUUUGCCAAUGCUGACUUCGCCAGCUUUGAUGUGGUUUCCCAGAUGACCAUGGAUGACAUCCUGAGCGUGGGCGUGACGUUAGCAGGCCACCAGAAGAAGAUCCUGAACAGUGUGCAGAUGAUGCGUGCCUCCAUUAACCAGAUCCAGUCUGUGGAAGUUUGACCAUCCAGAAUGGAGCAGAGGAGAGCAGAUGAGAGGAGGGCAGAGGAGAGGAGAGCAGAGGAGAGGAGCAGAGAAGAGGGGAUUGGGAUGCAGGGCUCUGGGUUCACGGAUGGAGUGGAGGUGUUUUUGCUUGACUGUGAAACAUGUCUUCCUACAAACUACCGUCCAUCCAUGGUCCCCUUUUUCAAUCCCUCUCCUGUCCUCCUCUAUCCCCUCAUCCAAAGUCCCCAUAACCUUUCAGGAUCAGCUCUGAAGGUUUGUGGCCAGCAGGUCUACAUGACCAGACAUCAAUCAAUGUGGCCAACAAGGUUCCUUCUUGGAACCAGGAUCAUGAGAAGUUACUGACCAGCGACACAUUUCUACUUCCAUCUUCCACCUCGUUUUUUUUUUACGGUGAACUUUUUUCUUACAUUUUUUGGUUUGUUUGAUUUAAGAAUUUUGUAAAUAAUUUUGUAAAGAAAAAAAAGUUGAGAAAACUCAAGGAGUCUAUAAGUAUAGAUGUAAACUAGGUGAACUGACUAGAAAGACUACCCUUUAAAAGGGCAACAGACAAGAAGACAAUGAAAAAUGGGAGAUUUCAAGACCAUCACUUUCAAAAAGAAACUUAAAUAUUAUAUGUUUUUUUUUUUUUUUACUUCGGAAACAGGAAACAAACAUAAAUCUUUGCUGCCUCCCCAAAAGCAAACAGCAGAAUAGACUGAGGAACUUGAUCUACACUCCAUGGUUGACUUGGGAGUCAAAAUAGUGUGAGCACCAUGGAAUGGACAUCUUUUGGCAGAAACCACUACCAUGAACAACCAACUUAUAGCAACACUUAAAAAAUAAAAACAAAAUACCUUUUCUCAUAACUAGUAAUUUCAUUUUUCUGUGUGAAAAUGUUGAAGAUUUUCUCUCACCAUGCUUCCUCUCACCGUGGGAAAGUUUAUAUUUUUUCAAUGAAAUCAUCACAACCUGCCAAAUGGAACAUCCUCCCUGUGUACCUCAGAUGAUGUCAUGAUCCUGUACAUAUGCACUUGACAAUGGGACUGUGAUGUCAUCACUAUGAGCCGGACAUAGUUACUAAGACCUGGAAGUGAUGGAUUUAAAUUGUUUCUUUGGGUGACUAGAGGGAGGUUUUUCUUUGUUAUUAUUCAUUUCAUUUUCAUUUUUGCAAAAUGUUAGUUGUGGAUUUUGAAUAAUCAGUGUAAUAAACAGCAAACAUACAGUACUUCCUCCAUGGAUGUAUGGAAAAAAAUGACAUAUUAUGGGUGUUUUCCCUAUAAUGUUUACAUAGGAGGGCACAUAUGUUUUGGUCGUCACAUUAUCUGCACUCUUAGAAAAACAGGUACUGUCUAGAACUUAAAAUGGUUCUUCAGUUGUCCCCAUAGGAGAACCCUUUGAAGAACCCUUUUUGGUUCCAUGUAAAACCCUUUCCACCAAGGUUUCUACAUGGAACCAAAAGAGUUCCACCUAGAACCAAAAAGGCUUCUCCUAUGGGGACAGCCGAAGGACCAUUUUGGAACCCUUUUUUCGAAGAGUGUAGAGUUUACCCCCGUGUUUUAAACUUCACUGUGUGUGCGUGCGUGCGUGCGUGGCUAAAUGUGCUCUGUGUUACAAAGCAACAGCUCCCAAAGCUGAAGGGCUAGUGUUUGAUAGCAUGCUGAGUUAAUGAUUGAUUUCACAGAGCUUUGAUAUGUUACACUUUACAGAACACUGUCCUGUAAGUGCUUGGAUUUGAUACACUUUUACAAAAUAUAAUGUGCUUACAUUAUAUUUAGCUUUUUUUUCCAGAUUCUUUUUUUAAUUUAAAGUAACAUUAUAUUGAAGUGUUAGGGUUUUAACAUCACAUAUGGUUAUCUCACAUUGGUAUGGUCACGGACAAAUCUUUUCACAACUGGGCAGUAAGUAACAUUAGCAUGGGAUAGUGGAUUAUUUUACGCAUAUUAUUAUAAUUAUUGUACAUCAUGGAUGAUGGGGAGCACUUGUGACAGCUUUUCCAAGUAGUCUAUUGGCAGGGUGUGUGAACACAGAUCGUACGAUACAAUGGGCCUCCAUGCCCUUGUGGAAUUUUAGGAAAUCAUUGUAGGUGCACAAACAUUUCUGAUAAGUGGAGUCCUUGAGACUUCUAUUUUCAUUUUAUACAUACAUAUUGCAUUUACUGUAUGGCUUCUGUGAAUAGCUGUCUGAUGAACGGAAAGCUAUCUAUCAUUGUCAAUGUCAUUGAGGCCGAUGUGUUGUUUGAGGGGUUAGGGAGCCUGGGAGGGGGGUCCUGUGUUAGUCAAACCCAUGGAUUCCCUAGAGAUGGUAAAUCACACAGUUUACAAACUCAGGCAAAUGAGAUCAGUACUGCAGAGAUGCUAAUGGAUAGAUCCACUGAGACAGGCCCAGUACUCGAUAUAGACUGAGGAGCCAGACAUGGAUCUCUAUCUGGGGCCCAUUGCUCAGACAUGUUCAUUCCUAGUGGGGGUCCACAGCCUGAUCACAGCCCCGCUGACCAGACAGUGAUUCUGUCUAUUUCUCCUCAGAGCUAAACACACGCCUCAGAUCCCCUGCUCUUCUCCUCCCACUGUACUCUGUGCUCUGCUUUCUCAGACCCAUGACUUUGUGACUCUGCAUGUUGUCAUGUUGACAGACCAGGUCUGUUUAAAAAACAGACAGAAUGUAUGUAGGCAACACACAACCUGAGGGCCCCGUGUUGGUCUCACAGCAGGUGGCUAUGUAAGCGGAGGUCCUUCCUUAAGCAUCAUCAGGUGUCCGCUGUCUGUUUUGAGGCACUUUGCUGUCUGAACAGAACAGGAGAGGUGUCCUAUAUAGGCCUUAGCAUUUGACCCCUCAGCACAAAAGGAGUGAAAUCCCACCUUAGCUCUCAUCUGUCACUUAGUCCCCAUCUUAUUCCACCCACUAACCCAUAUGGCCAUCCAGAGUCUUUACAAACCUUGGGCAGGAGCAUUGGGGUUUUCAUCCAUCUUCUGUAACAUCAUCCUCCCUUUAGUUUUCUGUCAACAGUACUGUGUCACUCUGCAUAUUCCAGUGCAGACUCCAUGACAGAUGAAACAGCAGGAAGUACAUCACUCUCACUGUUAGUCAUUGCGGGGUAAAUUAUUCUGUGACCCAACUGUCGCUGAUGCCACCGUGCUGUUUCCUUUAAAAAAUAAAUUGCUAAAAAAUCUUCCUUUCCAUCUCAAAACACUUUAAUAUUUGAGGGCACCUCAGUGAUAUUCAGUAAAGAGCCAGCAGCAGGAGUCAGUCUUCCCAAGAUAUAGACAGAUAUCACACUGUCAGGGCAAUUUCUGUUCAGGAAAUCAGGCUCAGCAGUACAGCACAAAUAUUUGUGCUGAAGACAGACAGACGGAGUCUUGUGUCACUUACAAAUGUCUCCAUUCAUGCUCUCUGAGCUGUUUGGUGAUAGUGUCAUAUUAAGGUGAUUAAGCAGGGGGUGCUUAAACAAACUAUGUUUCCCCAUGUGACGUUCAAUCAAAAUAAAGUAUGAAGAAAUGUUAUAAUGAUGAACUAAAACACACAGUAGUGGUGGACUUGUAUUUAGAGUUAUAGGAACGUAAAUAUAGGUAUUAAGAAAGUGUUUUUAUUUUCUUGAAUUAUUCUUGGAGGAGUAGGUUUGGUGUGUUACUUUGUUGGGAGAAUCUAGAUUCAUAAGGAGUUGAGUCCACUUUUAUUGGUUGCUCAGUGUUGAGCUAUGGAGACUUCUGAAAGCACUGUGUGAAGUAUUUAUUUAUUCUGUAUCUGAACCUAAUGGCAGAAAGAAACCUUGUUUAUUCACCCAUAGUUCAUCCAGAGCUAUCAUUUGCUAUUCGCCGGAGAAAAAGCUGUUGUCCCUCUUUCUUUUAUUUUUAACACAUUGAUAGCAUCCAGUAGAGCUCUGUGGUACUGUUUCAAAGCCCGUGCCUUCUGAUAAAAACCCCUUGGCACAGUGGUCCUUUCUGGGCCCAUUGUAAUGGACCUGUAGUAUGUGAUUAAUCGAUCUGGUGGGAUUAUGAUGGGGGGGGGGGGGGGGGGGGGGGGGGGUUCAGAAUAGAUUCUGCUCACACUGUGAGGAUUAGACUUCCCUGUGUGAAUCCAUGAUGGUCAUUAUGCCAUAAUAUCUCAUGUGAUGUCUCACUCAAUAGCAUAUGGGUUACUUUAUACAUAGAUGGAAUCAAGGAUAUUUUUACAUUGUUGAGAUUUUUCCGCUAGUUGAAGACGAGGAGAAGCUAAAAAGGUAUAAACACACACAUAUAGCUUUUUGUUGAAUGAUUGUGUGUUUUGCUUCCCAAGGCCACUUAAAUAACAGGCAUAUUCAAGACAGCAACUUUACACUUUCAUGAGUUUUCAUUUUUCAUGAGUAAGAGCAUAAGAGCAUGAGUAAGAGCAUGUCUCAAAUGUCUGCUCCAUUUCUGAAGAGAAGAAAAUGAAAUAUAUACUGUAGUUAUUUUUGAUUUUUGAUGGACUAUGUGCUUCACAAACAUAAAAUCUUGGGCUACCAUCACUACAAUUAGUUAACAGUGCGGGGAAAUCUCCUUCAUACUCUCCGUUUUCAAUGUCCAGGCUCAUGCGACAGAUCAGAAAUAAAGGAGCAUAGAUGCAUUAUGAUUAAACAUUGAGAGCAGAAUAUAACUGUGUUUGUUUUGCAGUAGGGUUCUUCGUUUGGAAUAAACAAGAUAACUUGCUCCAGUAUCACAGAACUCUGUCCUCUGCGGUUUUGUACAUCUAAAACGCUUGUCUUUGUUUCAAUGGCUUGUAUCUGCAGAUACUGUUGAUGUUUCACUGUCAAUGCGCAUGUUAUUAACUGAUGCAUAACAAUCUUUUAUUUAUAAAUCAAAAUCAAUGUAUCUGAGAUAUUGAUUCAAUGCACUGCGGGCGCAAAGAACAUUUCCCCUACUGUGUUCCGAUUUUUGUAGGACGGACGAAAACCAUUAUGUCUCAAUGUUACAAUUACAUGACAGUGUGCAUAAACACAAGCUGUGCCGGCUCGUACUCAUUGGUCUGUGUUUGUGGACCAUCCAAAUAUGCCCCGAGCAGCAGUCUGCCUGCCUGCCUUUGUGGCAGUCAGUUCUGUGUGUAUAGAAAAUGGCUCCUGUGGAUAACUCUCUUACGGAAAGCGUCAGAGCACCCUCUGCUGACAUGGUGGCUAAUAGCAGUCUAGUUGUGACAAAUUUCCUUGUGUUCCUUACGUUGUCUUAUCCCCCCACAUCCCCCUUCCUCCCCUAUGUUCUCACCUCUCUGGCUGUUGGUGAAGACAGGCUGAAGAUGGCCCUGUCUCCCCUGGCCUGUUGUAGCCCUCGUAGAACAGUGCCGGCCCUGACCACUGUGACUGAUGUGGGAGGUCCUGUAUUUCUGUAUAAAUGUACAUUGACUGUAACCCUGUGAAUGAUGUAACAAUUUCAUUAUUUGUAAUAUUGUAAUUGGUUUAUUUUCUAAAAAUGGAAAGUCCAACUUGACUCUCCUCAAUAAAAAAAAUGAGAUCAGUUACA